AUGAGAGUCACUAAGCCAUUUUGGUUUGAAAACGAUUCUACCCCAGUCAAUGAUAAAGCUUUCAGGCUGCUACCCAAUGACACGAAGACUGAGGCACUUCUGGUGUAUGCAUUCAGUGAUAAUGAUGAUGGCCGUGACCUUCAAAUAACCCUAGUUCAGAAUAUACUUCACGAGGAAACUGCACAGGAACAUCUGGAGAAUAUUCCUGGCGUGGAAUGUCCAGAGCUUCCAGUGAUAUCUUACAAAGGAAGAGCAUCAAGAAUGGGUAGAAAGACUCUACAAUCAAGUUCAAAUAUUAGAAGCGUGAAGAAAACAGCACCUGGAAAGGCAUCAAGGAUUGCAGAAACUGAGGAAAUGGUUGAGUCCUACUUGCAAAAAAGGAGACACAAUAAUGAGGAACCAUCUCUGAAACCCAACUGGACUUUCAAGACAACCGGACACUGA